AUGUCUAAAUUCGGCGUGCUGGUGACCGGGCCUGCCGGGGCGGGCAAAACCACCUUCUGCACCAGCCUGAUAACACACCUGCAACACACGCGUCGCUCCUCCUUCUACGUCAACCUCGACCCCGCGGCCACGUCGUUCGCCUACACCCCCGACCUGGACAUUCGGGACCUGAUCUCUCUCGAGGACGUCAUGGAAGAGCCCAUGUCCCUGGGCCCCAACGGCGGACUGAUCUACUGCUUUGAAUUCCUGCUCCAGAACCUCGACUGGCUCUCCGAGGCCAUCGACCCGCUGACGGAGGAGUAUCUGAUCAUUUUCGACCUCCCUGGCCAGAUCGAACUGUACACGCACAUCCCGCUCCUGCCCGAACUGGUGCGCUACCUGUCGCGCAUGGGCCCGCUGAACAUCAACCUCUGCGCCGCGUACCUCCUCGAGGCGACCUUCGUGGUCGACAAGGCGAAAUUCUUCGCGGGCACGCUCUCGGCCAUGAGCGCCAUGAUCAUGCUCGAACUCCCGCACGUCAACAUCCUGAGCAAGAUGGAUCUGGUGAAGGACCAGGUCCCGAAACGGGAGCUCAAACGCUUCAUCGAUCCGGACGCCCAGCUGAUCGACGACGACGACACGGGCAGAUAUCCUCUCUUGCCCUCGGCGGGGGGUGGCGCCGCGUCGGAAUACACGGCGCUCGACGUCGGCAACGCGCACCAGAUCGACAACGUCAUGUCCGGGGGCUCGUUCAAGGCGCUGAAUCGGGCGGUGGCCAAGUUGAUCGACGAUUUCAGCAUGGUCUCGUUCCUCCAAUUGGACGUCAAUGACGAGGAAAGUGUGGGUGACGUGCUGAGCUACAUCGACGACGCCAUUCAAUUCCACGAGGCCCAAGAGCCCAGAGAUCCGAAGGAGCCAGAGUUGCAGGAGCCGGCGUGGGAGAACGACUGA